AGUGAAUCAUUUCAUAAAUGUGCCCUCAUGGAUCGAAUCUUGUCAGGUUCGGUAGCUCAAGCGAAACAAGCAUUACAAGCUGGAACUUUGAGUUACGUGGAUCUUGUAAAAGCCUGUUUGAACCGCAUGAAGCAGAUUGAAUCUCUCAACGCAUAUGUAACGGCAUUUGAAGAAACGUCCGUCUCAGCAGCAGCAUUGAAUGAUGUGAAAGGAAAACAGCAGUCCCUGCUCUGUGGGAUUCCAUUUGCCGUCAAAGAUAACUUUUGCAUGCAGGGGGUGAGAACAACAUGUGCUUCAAAAAUGCUUUAUGAUUAUCAUCCUCCGUACACUGCCACCGUCGUGAAUCGACUUCUUCGAGCCGGGAUGAUUGCAGUUGGGAAAACCAAUAUGGAAGAAUUCGCUAUGGGUGCUGGUGGCGUCAUGUCAUUUAAUGGUGCCAUCAAGAACGUUUGGAAAUCUGGAAUACCGCAGCACCUUGUCUCGUGUAAUGACGAAUCGAUAUCAAAUGUAAAGGAUCCGAGCGAGUGUGAAACCGAUUGGUACGUCGCAGGUGGAAGCAGUGGCGGAAGUGCAGUUGCCGUUGCAUCAGGUUCAUGUUUUGCAGCCCUCGGUUCCGAUACCGGUGGUUCAGUUCGUGCUCCGGCGUCACUGAAUGGAAUCAUUGGAAUGAAACCCUCUUAUGGACUCCUGUCUCGACAUGGAUUGAUCUCACUCGUGAAUUCAUUGGAUACUGUGGGUGUGAUGGCGCGGAAAGCCGAAGACGUCGCCAUUGUCUUAUUGGCCAUGAUCGGUCGUGAUAAGCUGGACUCUACCUCAGUUGAUGCUCCUCAAGAACUUGUGGAUGACUUGAAAGGGUUGCACGAUUGCUCCAACUGGGAAACUAAGAAGACAAAUUUAAGAAUCGGAUUGCCCAAAGAAUAUUUUUCCAAGGAAAUGCACCCCGAGGUGGUUGACGCGUGGGACUCUGUCGCUGGCAUUCUCAGCGACACAGGAAUGAGUGUCGAAGUGGUAUCGCAGCCGCAUGCGGAUUUGGCGUGCCCUUGUUACGCGGUAUUGAAUACUGCGGAAGUGGCGAGUAACUUCGCGAGGUAUGAUGGUCUUGAAUACGGUCUGCGUAUUCCAGGAGAAACCGUAUCCACCAAUCAUCUGUACGCAAGCAAUCGAGCCGCGGGUUUCGGAAACAUAGUCAAAGGUCGAAUCUUGACGGGGAAUUAUUUUUUACUGAAAGAGAACUACGAGGAGUACUUUGAAAAAGCGUUGAAAAUUCGGAGACUGAUUUCCGAAGAUUUUAAAACGGCAUUUUCGGAGAAGAAGUUUGACUUCCUUUUGACGCCUGUUCACAACUCUCCAGCACUGAAGUAUUCGCAGUUCAUGCAGCUGCAGGAAAACUACGAAGAAUUCACGCUGCAUGAUCAUUGCACAAUGCCUGCGAACAUGGCCGGUGUUCCAGCUGUUGUUUUCCCCGUCAGGCUUAGUGCAGGAGGAAUGCCUAUCUCUUUACAGCUUAUCGGGCCCAUGUUUUCCGAGGGAAAACUUUUGGGAUUGGUAAAAUGGAUUGAGAAGCGUCUGAACUUUCCACGUCUAGAACUGAUGAGUUCAUGAUGAAGCGAGCUGCUCGCAGUUCAUAGUUUUUGCCUUGUAUGGGUGCUCGAAUGUUGAUAUUUUCUAUCGUUUGAAA